CUCUCUGAAAAUCAAUCCCAACUUCAGAAAAGGAAAAGGAAAGGAAAAUCCUCUCUGUCUCUCUCUCUCUCUCUCUCUCUCUCUCUCUCUCUCUCUCUCUCUCUGCUUGAGAGAAUGUCUAUGAGACGGGCAUUUCUCUCUAGAAAGGGCUCCAUAGCCCGUCCUUUUUCCAGCAGCAGGAAAAUCUCCUCCCUUUCAAAUCCUCUCCAAGAACAAGGAGUAUUCCAUAUUGGAGAAGGAAAAGAGAAAGGAGGAGAAGAUGGCGAUGAAUCUCCCGAAGAUUCCUGGUCCAAGAUGCUCCCGGAGCUCCUCGGCGAGAUCAUCCAACGCGUUGAAUCGAGUGAGGACCGGUGGCCCACCCGCAAGAACGUCGUCGCCUGCGCCUGUGUCUGCAAGAGGUGGAGGGAGAUCACCAGAUCGAUCGUCAAAUCGCCUCUGCAGAGCGGCAAGAUCACUUUCCCCUCCUCUCUGAAACAGCCAGGACCACGAGAUCUUCCUCUGCAGUGCGUUAUCAAAAGGAACAAGAAGAACUCGACAUUUUAUCUCUAUCUUGGAUUGACCCCAACAUCAGUAGAUCAAGGGAAAUUUCUGCUGGCAGCUCGAAGGUUUAGGCAUGGCGCGCAUACUGAGUAUAUAAUCUCUCUUGAUGCUGAUGACUUGUCCCAAGGAAGUAAUGCAUAUGUCGGAAAGUUGAGCUCGGAUUUCCUCGGCACCAAAUUCACAAUCUAUGAUAACCAACCCCCAUACAAUGGUGCAAAGCCCUCGAGCUGCCGAGCCAGCCGCCGUUUUGCCAGUAAGCAGAUCUGCCCCCAAGUCCCUGCAGGCAGCUUUGAGAUUGGGCAUGUCUCUUACAAGUUCAACCUGUUGAAAUCAAGAGGGCCAAGAAGGAUGCUUUGCACACUGCAAUGUCCUACAACAAGAGGGACCAGCGAUGACGAGCUGCAGAAGAACUGCGAGACGCAGAGUCCUGCAGCACCAGCCAGAUGCAUGGUCCUGAGGAACAAAGCACCAAGGUGGCAUGAGCACUUGCAAUGCUGGUGCUUGAAUUUCCAUGGACGGGUCACAGUCGCAUCAGUCAAGAACUUUCAGCUGGUUGCAACCGUUGAUCCAAGCCAGCCGGGGGCCAAGGGGGACGAAGAGACAGUGCUCCUCCAAUUCGGGAAAGUGGGAGACGACAUGUUCACCAUGGAUUACAGGCAGCCAUUGUCAGCCUUUCAGGCAUUCGCCAUAUGCCUCACCAGCUUUGGCACAAAACUCGCCUGUGAGUGAACCUUCGUAUAUACUAUUUAUGUGUAUCAGGUUGCAGAGGAUAUCUACCGCUUAUCUGGAAUAGGGAAAAAAGAAAAGAACAAAAAAAAGAUCCCGUUGCAGCCUCUUGAUAUCUUGUUGUAUCAGGUUGUUUUUACUCGAAAAAUUGAACGGCUUAUGUUACCAGA